AUUGGGAAUUAAAUGUGUGUUAUUUUCGAUCGGGCGUUCAAUGCGGACACCCUAGCUGUCAAAUUAGUCAGCGGUCCUACUGGUCCUUUUUGCUGCGAACUUGCGACUGUGUGAGGUCAUGUACCACCUUUGAUAUAAGCCGAAAUAGAAAUAUUCUCUUUGUUAACAUAGAAAUAUCAACCAUUUCGGAAGUGAUGAUGGGCGGUAAAUCGAGCACGAUAGCCGCCGGUGUUUGCGGGGCUCUGUUCGUUGGCUACUGCAUCUACUUCGACAGGAAAAGACGGAGUGACCCCAACUUCAAGAACAGGCUACGAGAACGGAGGAGAAAUCAGGCGGCUGCAAAACAGGGGACAGGACUGUCAAAGCUCCCAGACCUGAAGGAUGCUGAGGCGGUUCAGAAGUUCUUCCUGGAGGAGAUUCAGCUGGGAGAGGAGCUGUUGGCUCAAGGAGAUUACGAGAACGGCAUCGAGCACCUGACCAACGCCAUCGCUGUGUGCGGCCAGCCCCAGCAGCUUCUCCAGGUGCUGCAGCAGACUCUCCCGCCACCAGUCUUCCAGAUGCUACUCACCAAACUGCCCACCAUCAGCCAGCGUAUUGUGAGCGCACAAGGUAGCUUGAAUGAAGAGGACUUAGAAUGAGGAUCGUCGCUGGAAAUUUCCCCUCGGAACCCUCCUAUAACAGAGUGCCCCUAGAUGCUGAUCUUGGGUCAGUUUUGUAUUUCCCCCACUAAUCGUUAAGGUCAGGAUUGGGGAGGGGAAGGUGAUCCUAGAUCGGUAUCUUGGGGAAAGUUAAUCCCGGUGCUCCUAUAACCAAUUUUCUAGACAAGUCAGGAUAAGAGUUUAACUUUUUUUUAACUCACUUUUUGGAGGGUAUUGAACAUUCUUUCGCUGAUGUCCAAAUGAAAGAAACAUGAACCCGUCCCCCACACGUGUGUUACUAUUGGUCGCAUCAAAUUACCAUAUCGUGAUUUGCAGCAACCAAUCAAAAAUGCCCAUCGGACAGCAUUUUUAUUGGAUUCAUAUGUAGUUAGAAAAAUACAUUGUUUUGCUUCUCUUAGUGGUCGGUCUCUGGAAGGCAUUUCUCAGCAUUUACAAUAUCAUCCCUGCAACCACUCCCACGUUUACACAGCUCUGGGACCAUAUGUAUUAAGCGUCUUGAGUAGGAGUGCUGAUCUAGGAUCAGGCCCCCCCCCCCCCCCCCCCCCCCCCCCCCCCCCCCCCCCCCGCCCAUGCAUUCUUAUUCAUUGUGAUCUAAAAGGGAAAUGGAUCCUAAAAAAGCAUUCCUACUUGAUACAUAUAGCCCCUGUAUUAAAACCUAUUUCUACAAACUUCUUAGAUCACAUGUAGGAACAAGGAAAUUGAACGACUGUCUCAAUGUUGUUGCUUCAUUGUAUUUAAGUUAUUGUUUUGAUUUCAGUCCGACGUCCGACAGAUACUUUAGAAAGUGGUUGAAUGUUCUGUUAGGUCAUUAAGAGGUUGUUCCUCUUUUGUAAGAAAUCAAAAUAAAAAGGUAAAUGACA